CCGUUGAAAGCAAGGACCAUAGCAUUAUUCGAGCAGAGCUCACAUCACAAGCAAGAAACAGAGCAAACAAAGCUUGUCAUAGAUUCCAUCGCAUAGCUUCAUACUCCGUAUAUUGCACCACCACGCUGUCGAUCGAAGCACAUCGGCAACCGGUCGAGACAAGAUGGCCACGAAGGAGCCGAUCCCGCUGCUGACGCCCCACAAGAUGGGGCAGUUCGAGCUCUCCCACCGGGUGGUGCUCGCGCCACUGACGCGGUGCCGCUCCUACGGCAACGUGCCGCAGCCGCACGCGGCGUUGCACUACUCGCAGCGGGCGACAAAGGGCGGCCUGCUCAUCGCCGAGGCCACCGGCGUCUCCGCCACCGCCCAGGGGUUUCCUGAUACCCCUGGCAUCUGGACGCAGCAGCAGGUAGACGCUUGGAAACCCAUCGUUGAUGCCGUCCACGGCAAGGGCGCUCUGUUUUUCUGCCAGAUUUGGCACGCUGGAAGGGUCUCCACAAACGGCAAGUUAGGAAUUCAUGACAUUUUGUGUUGAUAAACUGUACUGAGUUCCGUGGCAAAUUUACCUGAUCCUGUGAUUUAUUUUACGUCACUAGUUUUGGGCUCCUGCUUAUAUGGCAAACAAAACAGAGUUUCAGCCGGA